GCUCGGGUGCGGGCGCGGCUGCGGCUGCGGCUUCAGAGUCUGGACUGACCCCAGAGGCACAGCCAGAGGGACAGGGCCCAGCCCCACUCUCACCCCUUCUGGGGGCUACUCCAGGAAACAUGGCCAAGUUUGCCCUGAAUCAGAACCUGCCUGAACUGGGCGGCCCUCGCCUGUGCCCCAGCGCGACUGGGGGAGCUCGCAGCCCGAGUUCGCCCUACUCGGUGGAGACGCCCUAUGGCUUCCACCUGGACCUGGACUUCCUCAAGUACGUGGAGGAGCUGGAGCGCGGCCCCGCCGCCCGCCGCGCCCCGGGCCCCCCGCCCGCGCGCCGCCCCCGCGCGCCACGGGCCGGCCUCACAGGCGCGCGUAGCCCAGGCGCCUGGACAUCCUGCGAGUCCCUGGCCAGUGACGAUGGCGGAGCACCGGGCGCUCUCUCCCCGGGCGCGCCGUCGGGGCUGAUGCUGCCGCCGCUAUCGCCGCGCGCACCCGUGCGCAAUCCGCGCGUCGAGCACACGCUCCUGGAGACCAGCCGGCGGUUGGAGCUAGCGCAGGCGCACGAGUGCGUGCCCAGCCCCGGCCACGCGAUCCCGCGCAGCCCGCGCGGGUCCGGCCACAGCAGUCCCGCCCCCAACCCGGCCCUGGCCUCGCCCGGCCCUGCGCAACUGCAGCUGGUGCGCGAGCAGAUGGCCGCGGCGCUGCGGCGCCUGCGCGAGCUCGAGGAGCAGGCGCGCGCGCUGCCCGAGCUGCAGGAGCAGGUGCGCGCGCUGCGCGCCGAGAAGGCGCGGUUGCUUGCUGGGCGCCGGCAGCCCGAGCCCGACGGGGAGGCCGAGGCGCGCCCGGACAAGCUUGCUCAGCUGCGGCGGCUCACCGAGCGCCUGGCCACCUCUGAGCGCGGCGUUCGCGCCAGGGCCAGCCCCGGGGCUGACGGCCCCGACGGGUCGGCUUCUAGCCUCAGCGAGGGUGCGCUGCAGGUCCUCGACGGGGCGCCCCAGACGCGGGAUACAGGCACCCAGACUGUGCCGGAGACUCAAGAGGCGGGAGCCCAGGCGGUGCCCGAGACCCAGGAGGCCGGCGUGGGGGCAGCUCCCGAGACCCUCGAGGCGGAAGCGUGGGUGACGGAGGCUCUGCUGGGGCUGCCCGCGGCCGCCGAGCGCGAGCUGGAGCUGCUUCGCGCCAGCCUGGAGCAUCAGCGCGGGGUGAACGAGCUCCUGCGGGGUCGCCUGUGCGAGCUGGAGGAGGCCCGCGAGGCUGCCGAGGAGGCACAGGCAGCGGUGGCGGCCCGGCCCCAGCCGUGCGAGGCUGCCACCCAGACCCCGUGGGGUUGUGCCGAGAGGGCCACGCAGACCGAGCCCGCUGUGGAGGCCCCUGCCCUGACGCAGGAGAACCUGCCCGGACCCACGGAUGGGGACAGGGCAGUGGCACCCGCGGGUACCCUCAAAUCCAUUAUGAAGAGGAGAGACGGUACACCUGGCGCCCAACCCAGCCCCGGACCCAAGAGCCUGCAGUUUGUUGGGGUCCUCAACGGAGAGUACGAGAGCUCAUCCAGCGAGGGCGACAGCGACAGCGAGGACGGCGCUGCCGAGCUCCCGAGGAGCAGUUCGUCGGGCUCAGGAGACGACAGCGGCGGGGGAUCCGACUCCGGGACCCCUGGCCCUCCCAGCGGCGGGGAGGCCCGGGACCCCGAGCCGGAGGCAGAGCCAGAGCCUCAGCCGGGUGCGCAGGGGAGGUGCGAGCUGAGCCCGCGUUUGAGGGAGGCGUGCGCAGCGCUGCAACGGCAGCUGAGCCGGCCCCGCGGAGUCGCCCGCGACAGUGGCGCGGCGCGCCUGGUGGCCCAGGAGUGGUUUCGAGUGUCGAGCCAGCGGCGCUCUCAAGCGGAGCCCGUGGCCGGGGUGCUGGGCGCGGUGGUGCGCCUGGGACGUGAGCUGCUGGAGCACGUGGUGAACCUGACGGAUGGCAACGGGAACACAGCCCUGCACUACAGCGUGUCCCAUGGGAACCUGGCCAUCGCGAGCUUGCUGCUGGAUACAGGGGUCUGCAAGAUUGACCACCAGAACCGAGCUGGCUACUCCGCCCUCAUGCUGGCCGCACUCACCUCUGUGGGGCGAGAGGAGGACAUGGCCGUGGUCCAGAGGCUCUUCCGCAUGGGCAGUGUUAAUGCCAAGGCCAGCCAGACGGGACAGACAGCCCUCAUGCUGGCCAUCAGCCACGGCCGCCAGGACACGGUAGCGGCCCUGCUGGCAUGUGGGGCAGAUGUGAACGUGCAGGAUGCAGAUGGGGCCACAGCGCUGAUGUGCGCCAGCGAGUAUGGGCGCCUGGACACUGUCCGGUUGCUCCUGGCCCAGCCAGGCUGCGACCCCGCCCUCCUGGACAACGAGGGCACCAGUGCCCUGGCCAUUGCCCUGGAGGCUGAGCAGGACGAGGUGGCCGCUCUGCUGCAUGCCCACCUGAGCUCAGGCCAGCCCGGUCCCCCGCUGCCCUCUGACGGAACCACGGCCAAGCCUAGUGAAGGAGGCUGCACUGACAGUGGAGAGGACCCCCCACCUCAGUGACUAGCCUGACACACUGGACCUGGAUUGGGGGAGAGCUUUCCCUUGCCCACCUCGACCUCAGGGCACAGCAAGGGUCAGGGUCCACAGGGAGGGGCUCAGCUUGAACUCUGCAGGGUGAGGUGGGGCCUGAGGCACUCUGGUCCACUCACUCCUCCAACCUUCUCCCUUAAUAAAACAUUCCUAA